AUGGGGAUCUUUCAGAGCAGCCUGAGCGAUAGGCUGCGCGAGACCAAGCACGAGAUCAACCGUGCCACGAGGGAGCUUGAGCGUCAGCGUCUCAAGUAUGAAAGGGAGGAGAAGUCCCUGGUACAGAAGCUGAAGUCGGAGGCCAAAAAUGGCCGGAUGCAGAACGUCCGCCUCAUGGCCAAGGACCUCGUGCGGAACCGCAAGCUGGCGCUGCAUUACGCCAACAUGAAGUCGCAGAUGGGGGGCAUCAUGAGUCAGCUCCAGAACGCGCAAAGCACGAACAUGAUGGCCACCAGCCUGAAGAACGUCAACAAACUCAUUGCGAAAGUCAGCAACAAGACCGACAUAGCGGAAUUCCAAACAAUCAUUCAGUCACUGGGGAAGGAGAGCGAAGUCAUCAACCUCAAGCUCGACGUCAUGGCGGAGACUUUGGACAACUCGCUAAUGGAUGUCGACAGUGUUGACGAAGAGGAGAAGAUCAUUUCCCAGAUUCUGGAGGAGCUGGGAAUCGACGCAUCCGCCUCUAUCCCGUCAGUGAAUGCGUCGACCAUGCAAGAGUCGGGUGCCACGGUUCCGGUCCAGGCGGAAAGUGUGGGCGCAAAGAAUGAAGUGCACGACUCACCCCGCGCCACGUCGGACGAUCCGGAUAGCAUCGAGAGCCGCAUCAAUAAUCUGAGGGCCAAAAAGUAG